UUUAUCGAAAACUACAAUCUUGAAAAAUUCGCAGUGCCUCAAAGCUAAUUUCACGACGGAAAGAUAUUUUUUGCGAAACCGCGAUUAAGCGUAGGUUCGCUCUUUAUUCCCACUCCAUGAGGACUGCACCAUCAUGACAUUUUGCCAGCUCUCUACCUUCUUUAUUUCGGCCCUGUUUUUUUAUGAAUAUGUAUACUUCUCAUCUUUUAAAAUUUUGCCCUUCUUCUGUCAUUUUGCUUGUAAUUCUAACCACGGCCCUGAUCACGCACAGCCUGUAACUGAUUUUAAAACUUCGAGGUUGCUUCCGACCCAUUGUUCGGGAGAUUCAAUCUUCUAAAAAUAGGACGUGUACAAUUAGAAGAUACAAACAAUGUGCGAUGAUUGUUAAAAUUUUGGUCCGGAAACAAUGAAGAUGUAGCUAGAAACAAUUUGUAGAUUGAAUAAAAUUCUACUCGCCAUCGUUUUCCGCUAAAGAUAAGGAGUGUAUAAAAAGUUUCACGCAAAAGCUGGGCUGAAAUUCUUCCAAACCCAGCCUUCUCAAAUCUUUCCUCCUAAUUUUUGGUCAUCCUUCGAUUUCGUCAGCCAAGCUGAGCUGUACUGAGGUGAACAUCGAACAAGCCGGAGAUGGAUUUUUUAGAGCCGCUCUCCUCGCUAUCACCUCUGCUGUACGUGCCCCUAUUGGUGGGCUCUCUGUGCUUGGCGCUUAACUAUCUGGUCUACUCGCGGCGCGUGGCCGAGUGGCGCAAGUCGAAGAUCCCUUUUCUGGAGCCGAGCUUCUUGAUCGGGCACAAGUACUUCUGGAGCGUGGGCAGCAACUCCGCCGUCGUCCCCAUCGACCGCAUCUACCGGGAGAAUAAGGACAAGGACCUCGUCGCUUUCUUCAUCGCCACCAUGCCUGUCGUCCUCGUCCGGAGCCCGGCACUCAUCAAACAGAUAUUCGUGAAAAACUUCCACGAGGCGUUCACAACUGGUUUUGCGGCAUCGAAGAACGACAAGAUCUUGCAGCAUGUACUGACUCAAUCCACGGAUAAAAGUGUCUGGAAAACCGACCGAAGCGCACUCUCACCCAUGUUCGCCAAAUCAAGGUUGAGCGGUGAGCGAUUCGCCAAGAUCAGGAGCCAGAUCGUCCGCAUGUGGGCCCAUAUUGAGGAGGCUCGUCUCCAAGGGGAGCCCAUUGACACCAAGCAGAUUGCAGAGAACUUCAUUCAAGACGGCACUGCCAGUAGCUUUUUUGGCUUAGAGGUCAACUCGUAUGAGGAGGAAGGAGAAUUUCGCAGGCUCAAUGAGAGCAUUAUUAGGCCUGGGUGGGGCAGACUAUUGAGCGCGUUUUCUCUAAUGCAGUUCCAAGGAGUCCCAGCUUUGAAUCCGUUGAAGUUCAUCACUCAAAACCACAUCGAAUCGCUGAAAAGUUUGAUCCAGAAGCAAAUGGUGCAGAGAAGUCAGGCUGCAGGUGAAAAUAAAAAUGACUUCAUCGACUUCCUCAUCAGACUCAAGGAACAAGACCAAGACCACAAAGCUGAUUCAGAGACGGACGUCACAAAUGAAAUGAUUGGACUAGGAUUUACCUUGCUGCUCGGAGGUCACGGAGGGCUGUCUGUGGACACUUUGGCGAGUUUUACCAUGCACUUGCUGUCCCUCCACCCCGAGUACCAGGAGCAAAUAAGGCAAGAGGUGGAGGAGGUCAUGAAAAGUCACAACACCACAGAUUUCACCUACGAGGUUGUUCGUGAUCUGCACUUCCUCGACCAGUGUCUACACGAAACUGUACGUUUGUUCCCGAGUACCAUAGCAAUAACGCGAAUUUGCACGGAGGACUUUACGGUGCCUGGCACCGAUUACACUUUCAAGAAAGGCGAACGUAUCAUCAUCGACCCUUAUUCCGUUCACCGCGAUCCGGAACACUUCGAGAAUCCGGAUGAAUUCGAUCCGGACCGCUUCAGCCCCAAAAAUAGGGACAGAAAAGUAAUCGAUGCUUUCAUUGGCUUCGGCAAAGGACCCAGAAAAUGUCCAGGUUUCAACAUUGGUUUCCUGAUGGCGUCGACUCUGAUUGGCUCUCUGGUGCACAAGUACGAAGUGAGACCACGUUCUCACACGAAGCAAAUGAACGCUUACGAUUUCCAUCCUCGAAGUUUCGCCAUCGUCCACAAAGACCACAUCCUGGUUGACGUCAUACCUCGCGAGGUUGCCGCGUACUGAGGCGUACUGCCGCGUCUUUUUUAGAAGAAGCAUUUUCAUAACACCUCAAAAGAGUGAUAAGUCUCGCAAGUUGUCAAAGAGAAAUUCCUCCUGUUAAAUUCCAUCAUUAACAAUGAUCGUACGUGAAGCUGCUCUCUUUAAAAAACUUGACUGUUAUCGUAGAUAUGUCGCAGGCAGUCAGCAAUCGCCGACAAUUCCAGAAGCACGAUUUCGGCUUGGAGCGCCUUCAAAUCUGGGCGACACUCUCCGCUUUGCCAGGCAGUUGGUUGCCUCUUCAAUCGAACUUAACUUAGGUCACUGAUUUCAAAAUACGCAUUCGCAAAUGGGCCUUCUGGUAUCAUACAUUCAAGAUAAAAAAAUGUCUGCUUGAAUUCCAACAAAUAAUCAGGAUUUUCUACAUGCGGUUCCGUUACUUAUGAAUGUUUACAUUUUUUUUUUCGACUCAAAAAGAUUGCGGUUUGCCGCGGAUUGCUGUUUCCCUGCGACAGACACCUGCAGUCGGAUAAAAUCCAGCUUGCCAACUUGCAGAAAUUAUCACUCCCUCAAUACUUGUUUAUUUAUAAUCUUGUUUUAUUAUAAUCUUUAAAAUUUAAAAAAUAAACACAUAUUUAACUUGA